ACCUGUGCUCGUGCUCACUCGCUUUCAAACGAGCGGUCCCUUCAUUAGUAACCUCAUAAAGCAUCAUGACAUCUUGUCAGCUGUACGGUUGAACGCGUCAGUCCUGUGAGCUCGCCGUGCGCGCGCGUCCUUGGGUUGUUUUUUAUUGUCUUGUCUUGGGGUCAGUCGGAGUGAUAUCAGCAUGAGAGCAGUGUCCUUAAGGCGGCCGAUCCUCAUACUGGGGGGGAUGGGGCUCGUCCUGUUCGUGAGCACGUUUCUAAAGAAUGGAUUUGAGCAUGCAGCGGAGGCUGGCAAAGAAGUGGCCACACCGCGGAUGGUCCGGAGUUUUUCUGACCUGGAGACAAGUAUCAACAAUCUCUACAAUGUCAUCAAAGUUUUUGAGCAAAAGCAGGACACCAUGCAGAAAAUGCUCGAAGAGGACAGAGACAGAUGGAGGAAAGCUGCAGAGGUCAAACAGCCCCCCGUCAAAGAGCAACCUGAAGCAAAGAUCGAGGACCAGAAGGAGGCCCUUGUAGAGAAAAAGUCAAAGAAACUGUUCCCCGACUCUGCCCUGUUCAAGGAGUGGGGGGAAAACCUGUCAGAGGAUGACCAAAGAGAGGCACAGGGUUUGUUUGAGAAGUACGGAUACAACGUGUUUCUCAGCGAUCGCCUUCCUCUAGACCGAGCUCUCCCAGAUACAAGGGAUCCAAGGUGUUUGAAAAAGACUUACCCAAAGGACCUGCCAACUGUCGGAGUGGUCCUGAUCUACCUGAAUGAGGCCCUGUCUAUCCUCAAAAGAGCUCUGCGCAGCAUCAUCGACCGCACCCCUAAAGACCUGCUGAAAGAGAUAAUAUUGGUGGAUGACAAUAGCUCUAACGAGGACCUGAAGGGGGACCUUGACGCGUACGUGAAGUCGCUUGAGCAGCAGAACCCAAGUGUCCGUAUUAUAAGAGUGAGGCACAGUGAGCAGCAAGGCCUUGCAUACGCCAGGGCCUCUGGGUGGAGGGCAGCUUCUGCUGAUGUGGUGGCCAUCCUGGACGCGCACAUCGAAGUCCAUGAGCAGUGGGCUGAACCCCUGCUGACACAGAUCAAAGCUGACCGAACUGUGGUAACGUCCCCUGUGUUUGACAGAGUCAACUUUGACGACCUCAAGGUCAUUCGCUAUGGUUCAGCAGCACAUGCCUUCGACUGGGCUUUGUGGUGCAUGUAUGAGGGUUUUUUGGACGACUAUUACAAACUCAAAGACGACUCGUUGCCUGGAAAGAGUCCAUCUGUCAUGGGGAUUCUAGUUGCUGAUAGGAAGUUUUUAGGAGAAAUUGGAGUCCUUGAUGAAGGAAUGAAAGUGUACGGCGGAGAAAACGUUGAGCUGGGAAUUCGUGUGUGGACAUGUGGAGGCAGUAUUGAAGUAGUUCCAUGCUCUAAGAUCGCCCACAUUGAAAGAGCCCACAAGCCCUACAUGCCUGACCUGGCCCCAGCCAUGAAGAGAAACGCCCUGAGGGUAGCAGAAAUCUGGAUGGAUGAAUACAAACAUAACAUCAACUUGGCUUGGAACUUGCCAUUUGAGAAUCACGGAAUUGACAUUGGGGAUGUCUCCGAGAGGAAGAAACUCAGGGAGAGGUUAAAGUGUAAACCUUUCAAAUGGUACCUGGAAAAUGUGUAUCCCAAGUUGGAUCCCUGGGACGACCUACUUGGCUAUGGUGGUAUGAAGAAUCUUGAUGCUGACAUGUGCAUAGACCAAGGCCCAGUGCCAGGUCACACACCCAUUGCCUAUCACUGCUAUUACUACGGACCUCAAUACACUUACUAUCGCUCAGCCGGUGAGCUGUAUAUCGGCGGCUUGAAGUCCCACAAAUACAAUGACAACCGGUGUUUAACGGACGUUGGGCAAAAAGAAACGGAGCCUGGCCUUUACAACUGCAGAGAGGCUAUGCAGAAAGGAAUGGGGAUUUACUGGGACUUCACACAGGGCAAAGAACUGAAGAACAAACAGACAAAAAGAUGUCUGGAGAUUAUAAACGGCAAACUUCUAAUACAGGAAUGCUCUGGCCAACGAUGGGAGAUCCAAAACAUAAUCAAAGCCUUUUAAAGUGUUAAUAUGUGUGUGUGUGUGUGUGUGUGUGGCGGGGGGCAACAGGAAAUGCACUUCUGUGCUUAUAGGUCAGUGGAUGAUAUCACCUGAAUGAAGUCAAUGAAAUGUGACAGUGACUCUUGUAAUUAUUAUUUAUUUGUAGGUUCUCUUUUUGGCUUGAAAAAGGUGCAUAAUUGACUUGGUAAAUUUGCUCAUCUUAUGAAUCGACCUGAAGGCUGCACGUGAUAAUUAUUUGAACUAUGUAUUAAAUUGUAAUUUUAUAAUCUUUUGAAUUGGCCAUACUAAAUUGAAGCAUUAAAAUUGUCAAAAAAUGCCUUGGUUUUCGAUGUACAUGAGCAAAACAGAAAGUUGAGCAAAUCCCAUAUUAUUGUGGUUCUUUUUCUUUCAUGCUUCAUGAUCCAAAUGUAUGAUUAUGAUCAUUAGUCUGUCUGUUCCUACUGUGGUGAUCAGAUAAAAUGUGUGACUUA